AUGGAGGCGAUGAGGAAGGAGAUCAACAGAGCAGGAACUGUCAUCAAGAUGUGUGAGAAUGAGAUGGAGCAAGUGAAAACUGAGAUGGAGGAGAAGGGAAGAAAGGAGCUGCGGAAAAUGGAGCAAAGACAUAUGGUGGAAAUGGAAAAGAUCAAGAUGGAGAUUGAGGUACUGAAAGGGGAGGAGUUGCAGAAAACAAAGAUGGACAUUGAGCACAAACACAAGGAUGAAAAGGAAAAAAUCAAGAUGGAGAUGAAGGAGGAAUUGCAGCAGAUGAGCGUGUUGCUAAAAGAGGUGGUGAAGCAAGUAACAUUGGAUAUGGAGGAGAAUGGAAGCCAUGAGGUGGAGAAAAUAAUGAAUGAAAUUAACCAGAAACACAAGGAGGAAAUAGAGAAUAUCACAUUGGAGAUGGGUAAGAACAAAAAGGAGUAUGUGGAGAGAGUGAGGGAGGUGUUGGAGGGAAUGAAAGAGAAGAUGACGGUGGUAGAGGAGAAGGUGAAGAGAGGGGAAGAGAUGCAGGACGAGAGGGCCAAGUGGGAGAAGAAAGUUAGAAGUUGGAGUUGAUGAGAUAGGUGACGGAGAGCAAGGAGGACGAAAUCACUAGUUACAUUUGAGAUGAAAUAACUGAAGGAGAGGUUAACUGAGAGAGAUUAUAUGAUUCAAAAGAUGAUGGGUGAGGUGGAAAGAGAGGAAGAUGUGAAGAGGGCAAGGGAGGAGUAUAAGAAGAGGUGGAAUACAGAGAUUGAGAGUGUGGGUACAGAGUUUGGAAAUAAUAAUAAUAUGCCAUUUAGCAGACGCUUUUAUCCAAAGCAAUUUACAGUCAUGCGUGCAUAACAAUUUUUUUUUGUGUAUGGGUGGUCCCGGGGAUCGAACCCACUACCUUGGCAUUGCAAGCGCCGUGCUCUACCAGCUGAGCCCUUGGAGGAAAGAAGAGAGGACCUCAAGAGAGUGAGAGAAGAGUUGGAAGGAGUGAGGGAGAGGAUGGAGGAGAGAGAAAGAGGUGGAUGGGAUGAGAAAGGAUGUGGAGGAGAGGAGAGAUGAGUUGGAGAGAAGCUUUAAGGAGGAGAAAUUAAAAGAGGAGGAAAUGAUGAGCUAAACACUCAGAUUUGUCCUUAUGUUGGCAGCAGUCUAUGGGCCAGGAGAGACUGAGAUCCACACUUAUAGAAUAACAAUACAGGUACCUCUAUGGCCACAGCCACUUACACUAUUCACUAACAUUAGCAAUAGGACAGAUGAGACUGAAUGGACCCCAGGUCUUGUUUGGAUGCAUAAACCACCUCAAAGUAGUGAUGUUGUUACUAUGGAAACUAUAGAAAUAACUGUACUGUUUCUUCCACUUUCAGAUUCCCAGACAAUACAAAUGAGUCGGAAAGAGUUUUCCCCCCCAAAAGAAGCUGCCUUUACCCCACUCCCAUAUGACCCAUCCCACCAUGAACCCCUCCUAUUUUCCACAAAAAAAGGCCCCGAUACCCCACCCCUAUAUCCCCCACACGCCCUUAAACCUACCCCACACUCUUAUCAUUUAAAACGCUCUUAUUUCAUUAUUCAUUAAAGGCAAAUAAAGGCAAUCUGGAAGAUGACGGUGCUUUGAACCCAGAUGGGUGGUGAAUGAUGUAGACUAGCAUAGUGGUUGUCACAUCACAGAGACUUCAAAUACUGAUGAUUGUAAGAUUGUAACAAUCAUCAUGCAUGUUUCAUGUUGUGUAUUUUGGUGGUCAUAUUUAGAACUGCAGCUCACCCUACAAUAAUUACAACUACAGCUCCCUUCAGCACUCUAGUUUACCUAUUCAGUUUGAAUUCGCCCACGCUAGCCUGUUGUUGGAGGGAGCUGUAGUUGCAGAGCAUGCUGCUGCCUUGCUUGUUCUGUAUGCUGAGGACGACCAGUGGUGACGUUCGCCACCAGGUGGAUAUUCACUGAAAAGCACGACUCGGGAACUAGUCGUCAGUACAGCAUUGUCAUCAAACCUUGAACUUUUGUUGUUUUUAUCUCAACAACGUGUUUAUAUCGGCUUCUAAACCAAGGUUAUCUUUAUCAUCAAUACUGACUUGGGACCCUACCACGGAAUAACAUGGACCAGAUCCCUAAAUUAAAUAUAUGGUUCGGGAGAGACCGCCAUAGGGGUGUUACAUAAGCACUAUGUGCAGUAACCUCUGUCUCUCAUACUGCACAAACUUGCACAAAUACUUGCUCUGUUCUGUAUGACUCAAUCACAUCCCAUAUAAUAUCAACACCUCAAGCUCACUCAUUUUUUAAAGCAACAGCAACCCAAUACUGAAUAGGAUAGGUGGAAUCCACAUUUCUGAACACAACACUUGAGUACCUGACUGUUUCUGCAUACAACAACAUUUCCGUCAUUGCAUUGGCAAUAGAACGUCAAUUUGGCGUCACUGGCAUGCAUUCUACAUACUUCUUCUUUGGGCCUUUCUGUGCUGCUGUCAGGUAGGCCUAUGUGUGGAGGAAGAGAAUGAGGCUCUUUUGGCAGUGAGCCACUGAACGUUGGAUAGGGAAAAAUACAGCUCUUUCAAAACAAGGAGAAUGCCACACCUCUCUAGAGUUCCUGUCAGGUCUCACCUGGCUCUUCUCAGUUCUUCACCGUUCCACAUUGCUUCACCACCAUGGCAUUCUCUGGGAAGUACAAGCUCGAAAGUCAGGAAAACUACGAUGAGUUUCUAGAGGCAAUUGGUAAGUCAAAACACUCAAUAAUAUUUUGAAUUAGGGUAUUGCACAGAACAUUGUUGUUAACGUCAAAAUAUCAUCAAUAUUUCCCAACUAACCCUAACCCUAAACAUAACCUUACCAAACCUUAGCCCAACCGAACCCUAGACAGGCAGGCAGACAGAUACAGUAGAUAGAUAGAUAGAUGGACGGACGGACGGACGGAGAGAGAGAGAGAGAGAGAGGAGAGAGAGAGAGAGAGAGAGAGAGGAGAGAGAGGAGAGAGAGAGAGAGGAGAGAGGAGAGAGAGAGAGGAGAGAGGAGAGAGAGAGAGAGAGAGAGAGAGGAGAGAGAGAGAGAGAGAGAGAUAGAUAGAUAUUAUUGAUACAUUCUAACCCACACCUGCUGUACUCUUCCCAUAGGUUUUGCCAAUGCCAAGACAGACUUCAAGGUGAUAACAGAGGUGCUUCAGGAGGGGGAUGAUUUCACCUGGUCUCAGAUGAUCCCAAACUGGACCUGGACUAACAAGUUCACCAUUGGAAAGGAGUGUGAGUUAGAGACCAUGAGACGCUCCAAAUUCACGGUGAGGGAAUUAAUGAAUGAGUGAGUGAACGAAUGAAUAUGCUCAUUAAAAUCAUCGAAUAUCAGCUAAAGUAUUCUAGAAGUUGUCAUUUCAAAGAUGUACAGCAUAUGUAUGUUGCAUCUGAACUUGUUUCAUGUGCUGAACUCUUUACGUCCCUCUUAGACCACCGUCACUAUGGAAGGAGGCAAGAUUGCUAUUCCGUUCCCCCAGUACCAUUUUACUGCUGAGAUCAGUGGGGAGAAGCUUAUCAUGGUAAGAGCAAGUGAGCGAGGUAGAGAGAAAGAAAGAGGAGAGUGACUAAGUAAGUAAGAGAUUAAAUGAAAGACAUAAACUCAGCAAAAAAAAAAGAAACAUCCUCUCACUGUCUACUGCGUUUAUUUUCAGCAAACUUAACAUGUAUAAAUAUUUGUAUGAACAUAACAACAUUCAACAACUGAGACAUGAACUGAACAAGUUCCACAGACAUGUGCCUAACAGAAAUUGAAUAAUGUGUCCCUGAACAAAAUAAAAAGUAACAGUCAGUAUCUUGUGUGGCCACCAGCUGCAUUAAGUACUGCAGUGCAUCUCCUCCUCAUGGACUGCACCAGAUUUGCCAGUUCUUGCUGUGAAAUGUUACCACACUCUUCCACCAAGGCACCUGCAAGUUCCCAGACAUUUCUGGGGGGAAUGGCCCUAGCCCUCCCCCUCCGAUCCCUGACGUGCUCAAUGGGAUUGAGAUCAGGGCUCUUCGCUGGCCAUGGCAGAAAAUCACGCACAGAACGAGCAGUAUGGCUGGUGGCAUUGUUAUGCUGGAGGGUCAACUCAGGAUGAGCCUGCAGGAAGGGUACCACAUGAGGGAGGAGGAUGUCUUCCCUGUAACGCACAGCGUUGAGAUUUUUAUUUUACCUUUAUUUAACUAGGCAAGUCAGUUAAGAACAAAAUUCAUUUUACAAUGACGGCCUACACCGGCCAAACCCGGACGACGCUGGGCCAAUUGUGCGCCGCCCUAUGGGACUCCCAAUCACGGCCGGUUAUGAUACAGCCUGGAAUCGAACCAGGGGGUCUGUAGUGACGCCUCAACCACUGAGAUGCAGUGCCUUAGACCGCUGCGCCACUCGAGAUUGCCUGCAAUGACAACAAGCUCAGUCCGAUGAUGCUGUGACACACCGCCCCAGACCAUUACAGACCCUCCACCUCCAAAUCGAUCCCACUCCAGAGUACAGGCCUCGGUGUAACGCUCAUUCCUUCGACGAUAAACGCGAAUCCGACCAUCACCCCUGGUGAGACAAAACCGCUACUCAUCAGUGAAGAGCACUUUUUGCCAGUCCUGUCUGGUCCAGCGACGGUGGGUUUGUGCCCAUAGGCGGCGUUGUUGCCGGUGAUGUGUGGUGAGGACCUGCCUUACAACAGGCCUACAAGCCCUCAGUCCAGCUUCUCUCAGCCUAUUGCUGACAGUCUGCGCACUGAUGGAGGGAUUGUGUGUUCCAGGUGUAACUUGGGCAGUUGUUGUUGCCAUCCUGUACCUGUCCCGCAGGUGUGAUGUUCGGAUGUACCGAUCCUGUGCAGGUGUUGUUACACGUGGUCUGCCAGUGCGAGGACGAUCAGCUGUCCAUCCUGUCUUCCUGUAUCGCUGUCUUAGGCGUCUCACAGUACGGACAUUGCAAUUUAUUGCCCUGGCCACAUCUGCAGUCCUCAUGCCUACUUGCAGCAUGCCUAAGGCAAGUUCACGCAGAUGAGCAGGGACCAUGGGCAUCUUUCUUUUGGUGUUUUUCAGAGUCAGUUGAAAGGCCUCUUUAGUGUCCUAAGUUUUCAUAACUGUGAUCUUAAUUGCCUACCGUCUGUAAGCUGUUAGUGUCUUAACGACCAUUCCACAGGUGCAUGUUCAUUAAUUGUUUAUGGUUCAUUGAACAAGCAUGGGAAACAGUGUUUAAACCCUUUACAAUGAAGAUCUUUGAAGUUAUUUGGAUUUUUACUAAUUCUCUUUUAAAGACAGGGUCCUGAAAAAGGGACUUUUUUUUUUUUGCUGAGUUUAUAUAGAGUGAAGAAGUGUCCGAAUACCCAUAUUGCAUUCUAAAUAGUAGGCUUUUUGGGAAUUUGAAAAUAUAACGUUUUAUAGUAUUGUAGCGAUCCUGGUUAUAUGAGUGAUGUUACAAUUCCCACCAAGUGGGUGUUUGCCUUUCACGCCAGUGACCAGGGUUCGCUUCCCUUCCCCCUCAUUCGCUAAGUUGGUGUCAGAAGUGGGAUGGUGCCCGUAAAGCCAUCGGAGAGGCGUGUACACACAAGGAACUUGGUAUAGAGGGACAUGCUCUCCCGAAUGAAGGGGGUAAUGUAACAACCUUAACUCAACAUCUAGAGACCUGGUCAAGAGGUUUGGACCUUUUGGCAUAAUGGUUAAAGCUAGAAUCCUUAGUUGCUACAUACAUUUUUAGACUUUUUAUUAAAGAUAUAUACCUUAUGAAGGCCUCAUGAGCUUAGUUCAACUGUCAUACCCUAUCAGACCGCAAAAUAUAAGCUUGUUUUACUCCAAUGUUUGUAAACAAUGUAAAAGUAAACAAACACUAUAUAGCCUCAAAACAUGGUUAAAACUAUACUUUUGAUAUCAUGGAUGGUCAGUCCUUGCAUCCAUGUCUCUGUCUACGAAUUUGAGAGUGGUUACAUUUCUCCCAUCACACAGCUUUUUACCAAAACAGAGGCGGGUUACAAUUUAGUUAGUGUUUCAAUUAAGGACUCUAGCGUUAAGCUGUUGGCUAGACCCGGGUUUGAGUAGGGACUACCCCCGAAUUCGCUACAGUAUGUCAUAAAUGCCUGGAUGUCAUACUCAUUUAGGCUUUUCAUCUAGUAUAAUUCGCUGCACACUAUUGAGGCAAUUAAUCGUCUUUUCGCACCCAUAUGUAUUUGACAACAGCUGAUAAUCAGAAUAGGGGAUGCGCUCUACAAAUAUUCACGAAUGGCGGGGAACAGGCACGAUUGCUCAUUAGAUGACGCCAUAUCAGUAUUGAUGAGUAGUAUUUUGAUAUUUGUUGCUUACUUCAUAUGUUUUUACUAAACAGUACAUAUUAAAUAGCAUGUUGUACUAUUAGUACAGAGUAUCAUCCUUUGGAAUGACUAUCUUCAUUCCAAAGGAUGAUGCUCCAAUACUCUCUGAUAAACCCUUUCUCAACUAUCCUCCUUUCUCUUUAAUAUACAGCUCUGUACAACCCCAGGAGAGAAGGGUGUGACCAUGAAGAGAAUCAGCAAGAGGAUCUGAAAUCAAACAUCCAAUGUGUUGAUGCAGAUGUCUUCUGUGUGCACUGUAACUGGAAAUGUUCCCAAUACCUCAUAAACUACCCGUAUUAUACUGUUUCACCUUGGCAUGUCCAGAGAGACCUGGAUGACUCAUAUCUGUUGGAUGCCUCUUCCAGUAGGCUACAUGUCCAGCAACAGUCCUCUGUCCAUCUUUAUAAAAAAUAAAAUAAACAUAUCAACUACAAUCGAUGCAACUUUCUGGUAUUCAACCUAUUCACUGUUUGUAGUGGCAAAUUGGUAUCUAUGAUCAACUUUCUUGUGAAUAAAGUAAUGCCCAAUUUAUUUGUACCAUCUCUUCGCGGAUGUGGAGAUCUGGAGGGCAUGACACAAGGCAGAGAGGAUCAAA